CAAACUGGAAAGGAAAGGAGUAUUUUUGAGAAGGCUGGACGUUAUAAUUACAAUGAUCAUGAAAACACGCAAUGCACGUUGGAAUUUAACAACUACACGAUAUAAAUACUAGCAAAUUGCGGUAUCGAAUCAGGAUACAGGAAUAAGGUUUCCUAUCCAGGGCUUACUAUAGGAAACGUGGUUGGAAAUAAGGUAAGCACUGGGGACGAGGUUGCAGUGCAUUGUAAUCACACAGCGUUAUAAGGGUAUUUCUCUACUGCGCCUGCGCUGAAUCUAGGUUGGGGACUUCCCCGUGUGUGCAAUAACACUAUGAUAACUGGCAGACUGUGUUCAUGUAAAAAUCGAUACAGGUACGGUACGGAUCGUUACCAUUCGCGUGAAAUUGCGUGAAAAUAUAGGCAUAUAUUCUCAGAUAGAAUAUCCUUAUACCUUCGGCCAUGGCAUACAUACCUAGUCGUUCUCAGACAUCAGUUCGCGUUCGACUACCUCCUCACAAAUAUCAAUCAAAAGGACCACAACUGAAAAAUAAGGUAUGGAUAUAUUUCCAGAAAGCCAGCGGAGGGUGCAAAGUUGAGGAUGUUAAUAUCGUAUUCGCGAAUGCCAGUGGCUUGUGGAUGGUAGUCACAUUCGUUGAGCCUUCAGGUGUUCGGCAGGCACUAGCAAAGAGACAUCAUGAGAUGGAGAUUGACGGAGGAUUUCUGACCAGCCUGGAAGUAUAUCCAGAUGAGCUUCCCCCGGUUAAAUCACCUCAAGAUGUUGAAAAUAUCAGCCAACAUUCCGCUUGCAACCAAAGUUCAUUAUCAUAUCGAAGUGACCAGACAAUGUUGUCAGGUCAUUCAUCGAAUCAACCUGACAAGAUCGGGGGUCAUAGUAACGAUGACGUUCAAGAAGAAUACUCUGUACCCCUCUGCCAACGAGGAGUCGGGAUUGACGAACAAGACGAGUUGAGCGAGGAUUGGGGUAGUGAUGAUGAUGAUGAUGAUGAUGAGGAUGGGGAUGAUGGGGGGGAUGAUGAUGAUGAUGAUGAUGAUGACUCUCCGUGUGUUGAUCCAGAGUUUGAUGAAGACCAAUUGUGCUCUUCUUCCGGCGAGGAUGAGUCACAGGAUUCAGAAGGUGAAGAUGAUGAGCUGGUUGUUGAGGUGACCGACUUCAAGCCAUCGACGUCAGAUGAGAUGCUCAGGCUCUAUUUUGAGACCCCUCGUAAAUCUGGAGGAGGUGACCUCAAAACAUUUGACCAUGACCCCAAGACUGGAGCCAUCAUAUUGACAUUUGAGAAUCCAUCAGUUGCUCGGACUGUAACCGCCAGAUCGCAUAGGGUUGAGGGUGCAGCUCUGUCAGUGCGACAGAUUGUGAAGAAGAAACCUCGCCCUCGUCCAGUCAAAAAGCGAUGUCUUCUUCUAAGCGGGAUUCCUGAUGGGUGUGAUGCAGAGCUUGUAACAAUGUUUAUUGAUACUCGGUCUGGAAUAGAUGAGUUCGAUAUACAAUAUGGUGAGAUGCGUCGAAAAGCACUCUGCACAUUCACGGAGGAUAUCCCAGACAUGGAGGUAGUCAUCAAAAGGAUUUGCAAAAAGAAGUUGCAAGGAUCCUUUGUGACAGCAGAGAAGGUGCAUGAGUCGGACUCUAUCCUAGUGCAAGGGGUCUCACCGAAAGCACCUCUGGAGAUGAUCGAGUUGUAUUUUGACAACAAAAAGAAAAGUGGUGGCACCGGUGUCAGAGACGUACAGCAGGGACCAACGGACACUCAGGCUAUUGUCUACUUUGACGACUGGAGAGUUGUUGGUGACGUUCUGUCGAGAAGGGGUACCCACAAGGUUGGCGGCACUGAGCUGUUGGUUGAAGAAUACCAUGAAUGUCUGGGAAGACUUAGUUUAUUAGAUGUCCCAACUCCUCAUGUCCCUAAGCCAGUCACUGUACAAGUCCAAGAACCCAUCAUGGAGUUCAUCUUCGGGAAGGGCCAACACACAAAGAAGACAUUGAUUCAGAAGCUGAGGGAUGCAAAGGCCAUUCUGAAAUGGCCAGAUGGUGAUGAUAAGACAACAGCUAGGCUGGAACCUCUACUGGAAGGUGGACAGCGACAAUCAUCUCGGCUCAAAUGGUCUGAAACUGCUAUCCAAGUUCUGACUGAAUUCCUGAACAGGUGUAAGUCAUCCAGAAUUGCAGUCCCACCGCCAUUUUGGAAAGACUUCAUUGGUAGAAUAAAUCAGCUGAACACCAAGAGCUUCUCCAUUCAGCAUGAUGCCAGCACUCAUCUAGUCACUCUGGUUGGAGAGCAGCAAGAUGUUGACAAAGGAUGUACUGAUGUCAAUAAAAUCAUUAAGGAGUUGAAAGCAAAGCCCAAGCAUUUUCGCCAAAAAAAGAAAGGGGGUAUUUUGACCUUCUGUCGCUGUACAAUCAUCCAGAUUGCACUGAGGGAUAAAAAUUGCUUCGGUCUUUCACCGACAGAUACUAGACUAUCCUUACGUUCCGAAGCCAUGGCAUAUAUUCCUACUCCUAGCCAUUCGCAGACUUCCAUUCGCCUUCGACUACCUCUUGACAAAUAUCAAUCCAAAGGACCUCAACUGAAAAAUCAAAUUUGGACAUAUUUCCAAAAAGACCAAGUCAGCGGAGGUUGCGAAGUGGAGGAUGUUAAUAUCGUCUUCAAGGAUGACGGUGGAGUGUGGAUGACAGUCGCUUUCGCUGAGCCUUCAGGUGUUCAGCAGGCAUUAGCACAGACACGUCAUGAGCUAGAGAUUGAUGGAUUUCUGACCAGCCUGGAAAUACAUCCAGAUGAGCUCUGUCAUCAAGAUGAGAGUAUCUCCUCGGUUCAUUCUAAUCUGGAGUCUUACCUUGAAUCCUUCAUAAAAUCCAAUGUGGUAGUGGAAAGUAUUGGGAAUAACGAACAAAACAACCUUGGUGAGGAUGGAGGUAGUGAUGAUGAUGAUGAUGACUCGUCGUGUGUUGAUCCAGAGUUUGAUGAAGACCAGUUGUCAUCUUCUUCCGGUGAGAAUGACUUUUCAGAUUCAGAAGGUGAAGAUGAUGAGCUGGUUGUUGAGGUGACUGACUUCAAGCCAUCCACGUCAGAUGAGAUGCUCAGGCUCUAUUUUGAGACCCCUAGUAAAUCUGGAGGAGGUGACCUCAAAACAUUUGAACGUAACCCCAAGACUAGUGUGAUCAUGCUGACAUUUGACAAGCCAUCAGUUGCUCGGUCAGUUACCGCCAGAUCACAUAGGGUUAAUGGUGCAGCUCUGUCAGUGCGACAGAUUGUGAAGGAGAAACCUCGCCCUCGUCCAGUCAAGAAGCGAUGUCUGUUUCUCAGCGGAAUUCCUGAUGGGUGUAAUUCAGAGCUUGUGACAAUGUUCAUUGAGAAUCGGUCUGGUACGGAUGAGUUCAAGAUACAAUAUGGUGAGAUGCCUAGAACAGCAAUCUGCACAUUUACAGAGGAUAUCACAGACGCGGAGGGAGUCAUCAAAAGGAUUUCUACAAAGAAGUUGCAAGGAUCCUUUGUGACAACAGAGCAGUUGAAGGAGUCGGACUCUAUCCUAGUGCAAGGGGUCUCGCCAAAGGCAUCUUUGGAGAUGAUUGAGUUGUAUUUUGACAACAAAAAGAAAAGUGGCGGCACCGGUGUCCGAGAAGUACAGCAGGGACCAACGGACACUCAGGCUAUUGUCUACUUUCAAGAUUGGAAAGUUGUCGGUGAUGUUUUGUCGAAAAGGGGUGCCCACAAGGUUGGCGGCACUGAGCUACUUGUUGAAGAGUACCAUGAAUGUCUGGGAAGACUGAGUCCAUUAGAUGCCCCUACUCCUCAUGUCCCAAAGCCAGUCACUGUACAAGUCCAAGAACCCAUCAUGGAGUUCAUCUUCGGUAAGGGCCAACACACAAAGAAGACUUUGACUCAGAAGCUUAGGGAUGCAAAGGCCAUUCUGAAAUGGCCAGAUGGUGAUGAUAAGACAACAGCUAGUCUGGAACCUCUACUGGAAGAUGGACAGCGACAACCAUCCUGGCUCAAAUGGUCUGAAACUGCUACCCAAGUUCUAACCGAUUUCCUAAACAGGUGUAAGUCUUCCAGGAUAGCAGUCCCACCACGUUUUUGGAAAGACGUCAUCGAAAUAAUAGAUAAAUUUGACACCAAGAGCUUCUCCAUUCAGCUGGAUGCCAGCACUCAUCUAGUCACUCUGGUUGGGGAGCAGCAAGACGUUGAUAACGGACGCAGUGACAUUAAAGGAGUUAUCGAAGAGUUAAGAGCAAAGGCCGAGAAUGAAGAUCAGCAAAUAAAAGUAGACAUACUCUUGACAGAUGAGAAGUCCCAGCCCUUUAUCAAAUGUGGCAUUAAGGACCAAACUGAAAAGGACUUUCCAAACCUGAGGAUCACUGUAAUCCCAUUACAAGAUGAAGUCACACUCAUUUUUGAAGGAUCAAGUAAGAUCGUCCAGGAAGCAGAGCUGUCGAUGCGGAGACAAAUGGACAGUCUAGAGAAAGUAGAAAUCAAAAUUGGACGUAACAAAGUCAAGUUCGUUCAGAAUCAUACCGACAAAAUCCAUGAGAUCUUGGGUUCACAGGGCAUUCGAGCAGCGUGUAAUGGAUCCGAUGAUGGCAAGAUCAUCAUAUUAGGUGCCACUAAGAAGGAUAUGGUCCAAGCUAAAGCGUACAUCAAUCAAGAAAUAGAAGAGGAUGUCAUUCCAAUCAAGGAUCAGACUGUGCUUUCUGUACUGAAGAGCCAAGAAGGGAGAGAUCUGCUUGAUGAAGCAAACCAGCAGAAGUUUACCGUGGUGAAUAUCAGUGAAAGAGAAGAUAUGGUAGAGCUGGCUGGAUUCAAGACUAGCCUGGUAGAGGUCAAACAGAACAUACAAGCUUUCCUGGCAAAAAACGUCAUCAACAAAGAUUUCAUUAACAUGAGUAAGAGCAAAAUGGAUGUCCUCCUCAAGCGUUAUGGUAAGUCAUUGGACAGCUGGGCAAAGCAACACGAGCACAAUCACAUGAAGAUCGCUCCAGAAUCCGGCAGUAGAACGGGUAUUUUAAUUCAAGGUAAUGAAGAAGGAUUGAUGAUAGCUCGUCGGUUUGUUAAUUCAUUGGCGGACGGAAUCGAAGACCCAAGUCCUUCAAGCAGCAGCGAAUCGGAUGAGCAAGAGCUGCUUCAGCCGGAUGUUGCAAUGAAGGUGGUAAAGCAGGUUCCCCCUGUGGCAGCUAAGCCUCGUAAGAAGGUACGCUCUUUGAAGGCUUCCCCCGACAAACGUGAAGCAGCAGAGAUGGCCAUGAUGAUGGUAACUGACCAGAGUGCCUCAGUAUCACUGCCUCCCCAGGCUACUCCUGUAUCAGUGAGUACUAGGCCUGAUACCUUCCAAAGAUUUGCUUCGAUGACUCCAAGACAAGUACAUGUAUCACCAAGACAAGUACACGUAUCACCAAGACAAGUACAUGUAUCACCAUACAGCGGAACCUUUGUAACAAGGGAGAGAAUGCAAAUUUCGGUUUGCCAGGGUGACAUCACAAAGCAGUCAGUAUCCGCUGUAGUCAAUCCAACGGACCCGGCCUUGCGUAACGCAGGAGGUGUGUCCAGGGCUUUAGCGUCUGCUGCUGGUGCUCCACUACAGAAGCAUUGUUUAGACAUGAUGAAGAGUCGUCCUAACAAUGUUUUGAACAUAACGGAAUGCAUCCUCACACCGGGGUUCAAUCUCAACUGCCUCAUCAUCCAUGCCGUGGGACCAGGCAAAAAUGGCCCGAACUUUAGCAAUGAACUGCAGGAUACAUUUCUGAACUGUUUGCUCAAAGCAGAGGAAAAUGAGGUGCGCUCCUUAGCAGUGCCGUUGAUAGGUUCGGGAUCAGCUGGCUCGCCCAAGGAUGUCUGUGCCGAUGCCCUUGUUUCUGCUUUGCUGAAAUUUAGUAGUCAAUCCAGUAUGAAUCUUCGUGAUGUACAGUUGGUGAACAUUGAUCAUGAAUCUUGCGUUGCAAUCACACAGGCCUUGCAGAACAGCGGACUCCAUGCAACAAGCAUGCCAUGAUGUACUUUCCUUCGUUAGCAUGGUGGGUUUCAGAUCGAUUUGAUAAUAGGAAUUCCCAAAGACUUCAACGAGUUAGUAGUACAAUCACAAAUUUUUUACUGCAUGCACAAUGUUAAAUUUGAACUAAAUUAAAUUAGGCUUUAGCAUAUAAUGAUAUAGGCCUAUAUGCUGAUAAUUUCAAUCUAGUGUUGGAUUUCAUCAGUAAAAAAAAAGGCCUAUAGGCGCUAGGCCUAAAUCAUUCUCGAAAUGAUUUUUUUUGUAGGUAAAUACAUGGUGGUCUAGGGUUCAGGUUUUUUCUUUUUGCUGCCCAAAUGGAGGGGCAGUCGCUUAAGCCCUGUAUAUCCGCUACCAAGUUGUAGUAGGCCCAUUUCAUUGGUUUAAAAUUGGGCCUAAAGUCUACUAUCAGUGAGUGACAAAAACAAUUGGGACUAUUUGUUACAGCUUACCCUAGCUAGCAUCUGCUCCAUGAAGUCUAGAGCACAAUUACAUGUAUUACAGAACACACAUUUGAGACCGCUGGAUAUUCACUUUUCAGAUCAUUUGUGUUGGGCCACACAUCGACAACAGUACGCUAAUCCCACGUGUUUAUUGUUGAUUACUCCAAGAUGGUCACCUUACAAUUUCCUAACAGUCAGUGGUGCUUCCAGAAUUUGGCUUGGGGGGAGCUCACAAUUUUUGUUUAGAAGUUUGAAUUUUUUUUUCAAAUUUAGAACUAAUAUAUUUGACAUCUGGAACGUGUUGGCCCACACAGCUUUUGCCGCAAGUGUUUAAAAGUAGCUCAAAACGACAUAGAAAAGGCUUUUUUUCUUGUAUUUACAACUUCAACAUGUUGAUAAGUUGGGCACUGUUUAUGGGAGCUUGCUGUUGUAUGUGUAUCUAUACAAGCAUGGGUGGGUCACAACAGGUAUCGUGCCCACUACUUCGGCAAAACUACCAAUACUUUUGAAGUGUAACUUUUUAAACUUUAUAAUGUUUGCUGCAAUAAGUGUUGUUUAAUAGUUACACAUGCAUGCGUAGGAAGACAGAUUAUUUGCUGUUAAAAGUCGACUUGUAUACUUUAAUUUCCAUAUUCACAGCACUGAGGAAUAUUAUUAGAAAGCCAAACUGUUUGUACACAAAAGUGUUAUCUAUGGAAUGAUCAAUGGAACAUUUAUGCAAUAUUUGCUUUGUAAUUUCUGUUAAAAGGUUUGUUCGGUAAUUGAAAUGAUUUAGAAAAGUACAAAAAUACAAAUACAGGACACUGAAAUGGACACUGUUAACAUUAUUUACAAUGUUGACAAAAUGUCAUGGUUUGCCAUAUCAAAUAUGUGUGCAUGUAUAGACUUCCUUCAUGACAGCCAUCUUGGAUCUAUAUUGAAUUCAUUAACAAUGAAUGCACUAAAUGUCUUCUCAUGCUCGUCCAA